AUGGUCAACUCGAUAUCAGAGCCAAGGCACAACAACGCUCGCACUAUAGAUUCAACAGACCGGGAACAGUUACCGGGCAAUUCGCCGCCUUCAAAUGAGGGAGACUGCCAGUGUGAGCAAAAAAUAUCAGAACGAUGUCAUGCACAUCCACAGAUAACCAGAGUAGCUCGCAGUGUCAGUCCACCCACGCCACGUUUUGUAGGGGAUCUAAACCCAGAAGCUCGACUUCUGGAAGAGGAAGCUUCCCCAGAAGAUAUGGAACAUAUCAGUUCCGAUGAUGUCGUUUUUUGGAUUCAUCCCGAUUCUACCAGGACAAGUGAAAACCGCCCUUUCAACAAGAAUCCCUAUCAGGGGGAGUCGACUAGUUACCGGAGUAUGGCGACAGAUAUCAUGUCCCUUCAGACCGUCAAAACUCUAUCCAAAAUUUAUUUUGCCAAUGUGCAUCCGAUUGUUCCACUUCUCGAUGAAAACGAGUACUGGCAGGGUCUCGCUCGCGGUGCCAUCUCUACACCAUUGGUGCAUGUUGUGUGUCUGAUCGCUGCAAAGGAUAGCGUAGCUGAGAAGGACUUAAGACUCAUGAAUUCAAAAGAGAGCACUGUACCUGUACGCAAACUUUGCAGUCAGCUAUAUUCGUCCAUUACAAGUUCAAUUUAUCACCCUGUCGCAAUGAGGAAAAUCACUAUGAUGCGGGUACUUGGCUUACUAUCACUGCACCAGGAAGGUAGUGAUGGGGGAGAGCAUGCCUCCAGCUACAUUUCUCAGGCUAUCCAUUAUGCUUAG